GUCAAGUGAGGUGUAUAUCAGUAAGUUCCCGUUUGAGAAUGAGAUCAAGUAUCACGCUUUCUUUGUCUUUCAUCCUGCUUUCUUUGGUGUCUGUCUAUGCUGGCAAGACACGAACCAGCACCACAACUUCAAUACCAUCUUGCAGAGCAGCGUAGGGACAGCAUCAUCCUCCAAUGGCUUCGACCAUGAAGACCUCACGAGCACUGGCGGCAACAGGUAAAGUGAUUCCGCGAACGAGACCGAUGACGGUGGUCUCCCGCAAGACGACGACCACGCACAUCCGAGCAGCACACUCUCAGACUACAGGUACUCGCCGACAACUGCAUUCGACUUCCCAUGAAAACAGCCAUAUGACCCUUCCCAUCGACACCAGCCUAUCACAACAAUCCCCAGCGCUGACGACUCCAUCGUCCCCAAUAUCCACGCCAGCAGACGCACCGCUCUCAUGCCUGGCCCUCUCGGAAGUCCUCCGAUCCUACCUCAUCACCACCAUGUCCUCCUCUCCCGCCCUCCUCUCCGCGUCCACCACCCUCCUACGCAAGAUGCUCGAGUCGCCUAAUCCGCUCUUCAAUCUUGAGAAGAACCCUCUGAUGCGUCUGAUUCUCUGGGAGACUUUCUACAAACAAUUCUGCGCCGGAGAGAACAAAGACCAAAUUUCAAAGAGAUGUGCGGAGUUACGUGCUCAAGGCUACUCCGGUGUGAUCCUUGAAAGCGCACGCGAAGUGCUCACGUGUGAAAGUGAGCAACAUGAUGAGGCAGCAGACGUGGAGUUCUGGACCAAAGGGAUGCUGGAGACCAUCGACAUGGCCGCGCCAGGAGACUUCCUGGGACUGAAAUGGAGUGGAUUGGGAAGUGCGGCAACGAAGCGCAUGGCCAAGGAACAAGAUCCUUCAACUGAGAUGAAAGCGGCUAUGCACACUGUCAGUCGCGCUGCUGCUGCGAAAAACAUCGGCCUUCUUCCCUCUGCUGAAGAGACGUGGAAUCUGCAAGGUUUCCACAACUGGAGCAUGAUGAUGCAAAGAGAAUACAACACGGAAGGCAAAGCCGUGGUCUAUACCACCUACCAAAUGUACCUCAAGCAAAUGCCUGGCAUCUUGGGCAAACAUCUCGAAAUCGCAAAAGCAGAAGGCUUCACACUAGGAGCCAAACUCGUCAGGGGCGCCUAUCUUGCCUCGGAACCUCGACAUCUCAUCCGCGAUACCAUUGAGCAUACUCACCACGCCUACGACUCUGCCACAGCAGCCCUCAUCAGCCGCUCUUACGACUCCUUCCUCCGUCCCGCCACCCCAGGCCAAGUCCACUUUCCACAGAACAUCAAUGUGCUUGUCGCAUCCCACAAUGCUGCCACAGUCUCGAAAGCCCGCUCUCUGCGCCAACAACAACUCCUCCACGGCGAAGCACUGACUCCAUUGGUCUAUGCGCAACUGCAAGGCAUGGCCGACGAAGUUUCUUGUCAACUUCUUCGAGAUGCGGAGAUUGGAGAGGGAGUCAAGGAGAAGGUAUUCAAAUUGACAGUGUGGGGAAGUAUGUUUGAAGCGCUCAACUACUUGUUGCGAAGGGCUGCAGAGAACAAAGAUGCCGCGAGUCGCACCGGGGACACGAGAAUGGCUAUGCAGGCUGAAUUGGGGAGAAGGAUGAGGGAAACGAUCUUUGGCGGUGGUGGUGGUGCAUCUGCAUGAUCUGCAUCCACAGGCGGAGCGAAUGGGAAGAAUAUACUGUUUUGAAUGAUCUUUUCUGAUGCGAAGGGAUUCUACGACAACGACGACGACGACGAUGACGAGGGAUGAAGAUAUGAGUGAGAUGUGGGCUUGUAAGGAGCCCGAAGCUACUGACUGCGGGACCCAAGGAGAAUUGCAUGCAUGGCCUGUUGUUCUAUUACCUAGGUUUGCUGCUGUGGCGAUUGAUGGAGUAUGGGCUCGGGCCUCUUCGAUUAGCGCGGAGUUGUGAGAUUGGUACAGAGAGCAAUUCUCGAAGCUACAUGUAUGUGAUCUAUCUACAUUUUGGGAUAUGAGG